ACUUCCGGGUCGAGUCCGUUCCACAGGUGAAGCCCUUAAAGGGGCCGCGGAGCCUUCGCUGCUCGCUGCCGACGCGCAGCCCCCCGUCCCCGCCGCGCCCCUCGCGAUCUGCUCGGCGGAUGGCGCCGGAUCCUGAGCUGAGCGACGGGUGAGUUAAGACGCGCAGCGAGACGGCUCCCGCGUCCCUCCGCCUUGGAGACGCUGCGCGUAGGUAGGAGGCGAGAGGAGGAGGAGGAGGGUCGGGAUGGCCGCGGCGGCGGGAGAAGGGUGGGGGUGGGAUGUCAAGGUGUGUGUGUCCUUGUUGCCAUGGUGACCAACCGGGGUGCGGAAGAGCAGUUGUUUCUAUGGCAACCGGCUUGAGAGGCCUAAAGUGCUGCGAAGGGCACUUAUUGGGCCUCUGGGACGUUAUCCCUCUUUAAUUCCCGUCUUCCCCGGGCGCAGUCAGCUCUUUUGGCUGAAAAGCUAUCCCAGUUAAAGAAGCGAGGCCUGUACUAAUCCUUUGGGAAUGGCUAGUUCAUUCCUGUUUUAAGUGUGCCCGUCGCCAGGCAGAGCCUUUAAACCAGAGGCUUCAACCCUAAAACUCAGUGGUUCCCAAACUCUGUCCCCACCCCACCCCCGCCUGUAGCAGAAAUUAUAAUGCACGGUGGUCCAUGGUGUAUGAUUUUUAAUUGUAUUUCAUUUCUUCUUUUUAUUUCUUACGUUGCAUGCAUAUUUUUUUUUACCACUUGAAUUCUAAUCAUUCUGCAAAUCAGUGUGAAUAUUUAAUGCAGGCAUGCUGUGGGCCAAGUGAAUGAAGCUCAUGGAGCACUAGUCCCUUGUUUGGGAACCCCUGCUAUAAAUGCUUACUUGGGAGAAAGUCAUGUAGCAUCACAGUGAGAAGAACCUCCUGAGGAAACAUGCAUAGGAUUGUACUGUGAAUCAUCCUAAGAUGUUUUUCUGCUUGUCAGGAGAAAACUUCCAAUACCCCCCAAGAGCACUUUGUCAGGCUUAGCAUUUCAUUCUUUGGAACUGCAAUAUAUUAACUGACUACACAUACGCACCUCUUCGCAGAAGCUCAAAACAACUUAUGUCAGGCAGGUUUCCACCAGGCAUCCACACAGGACUGAUCUUUGAAACAGAUAUGUCUGAUUCUUUUCAAUGUUAGGUUUGUUCAAGCUCACAGAAAUCAAUGAGUUUAGGACGGUGCACCUAAUAUUGUGUAGGUUUGGGCUAUAACCUUAUUUCAAAGACAUGUGAUGUUUGGAAAUGAGGCCGUUUGUGUGUGUGUUUCCUUCCAAAUCUUUUCCCGAAAGAAUACCAUCUGACUCAGUUUGAUUCAUACUUACAGUGCAAUAUGAACCCAUGUCUGCUCAGAAGUAAAUGGGGCUUACUCCCAGGUAAAUGGGAUUAGGAUUGUAGUUUUAGGCAUAUUUAGAGCUGUACAACUGAAAUCAAGUCCUAUUGAUUUCAGUGCAUCUAUUCCAAAAGUACUAUAUUUGUAUCCUAUGUUUUUUCAUCUCAUUUCCCAGCAAGGGAGGUGAUAAUUAUAUGAAAAAAUAAAUUAAGAAGCUUUUAUUCACGACCAUUUCCCUUCUGUCAGUGUAUUAAAUACACUACAGAUUAUACUGAAUAAUUGGUUUCUGGAACAUGCACAGGUGCAAUAUUUAAAUAGAUUUAAAUUGACAGGCCAUGUGACAAAUACUUGCAGUGCAAUAGCAAGUUUAAAUAACCAUGCUUUAGUUGUACUUCUGUCUCUUGCAACUUGGUUCACAGAGGUUGUUAAGAAUGUAUGUGUAGUUUUUUAAAGAAUUCCUGGUUCUCAUGUUCACGUACAGAAAACUCUAAAAUGUGUUUGUUUUUACGAUUUUAUAACAAUGUCCUUUUUUUAACAGAAAAACUUCAUCUUAUUGAAAGUGUGCCUAUCACCUGAAGAAGGGUGCAAAUGGGACACUGAUAAUGCACGUUAAUAAGAAGUGGCUGUACCUUAGUGAUAGAGCACAUGCCUGGCAUGAAGAAACUCUGAGAUUCCGUCUCCAACCAAAGGACCAGAUAGCAAGUGACAGGAAAGACCUCUACCUAAGACUCUGGAGAGCUGCUGCCAUUAAAAAUAAUACUUUAUCAGAUAGUCCAUCUGACUUUAAAGCAACUCCAUGUGUUCAUAAAGAGUAAAGCUGUGUGUGCACAGACUUGUCUUGAUUUUUACUUCAUGUUGUCUUUAAACAUUCAGCCUCAAUACUUGUCAAUAUACAAUUUUAAAGUUGAUUAAAUGAACUUACAUAUACAAAUAGUACCGUGGCUUAGAGGCUUCCCUCUCCCUGUGGAACAGGUGCCAACUCUGUGUUUUACUGUUAGGAUGACAAGUCCAGAGGUUAGAAACUGAAAUAUAAGUAGGUGUCUAUGGUAUUUGAGUGCCAUAAAAAUUAUACUCUGUUGCUGGGAAAUUCCUAGGCCUUGACAAAUGUAUCAGUUUCUGUUUUUCUCACCUUAAAAUAAUGUCACAACUUUACAAUAUGACAAAGGCCCUUGGGGCUGAAGAAUGAGCUUUUCCUGCAUUAAGCUCAGUAAGAUCUGCUUCCUGCUCUCAGUUAUCUUUUGUGCAGUUCUCCUCUUGCUAAUCCCCAAAUUCCAGGCCAUUUGGAAACCUAGAAGUUAUCCGCAGCCACAGCCACCACUUCCUUUUAAUGGUUCCAGCAACAGUGACAUCACUUUGCAGCUGGUGGAGUCCAGUUCAAUUGAUCAUUUGGAUGAUGAGGCGAACAAUAUAGUGUCCUUGGUGAAAGAAGAACUGUUAGAAGAAUGGAGUCACUAUAUCAUAACCACUGGGAGAUCUGGUCUGAAGGCUAACAGAAAGAUGAAUGAGAGCCCAAUUAAUCGAUUGGACAAUUUGAUGAAUGAGAGCCCAAUUAAUCGAUUGGACAAUUUGAUGAAAGACCAUGAGGAACCUGCUUUAGCCUCUGCUAAGGAAAAGCUGGAGUUGAAGGAUAUCUUUAUUGCUGUGAAAACAACAAGGAAGUACCAUAGAACAAGGCUGAACUUGCUGUUCCAAACAUGGAUUUCUCAGGCUAAGGGGCAGGUAAGAACACUUUCCUCACCAAACUAAAAUACUAACUUGUUUAACACUGAAAUCUCAUACUCUCUCAUCAGGUAUAAUUCAUAGAACUUAUUCAGAGACAGCAUGAGGAGGGCCAUGGGGCCAUGCAACCUAAUCUUACCCACAUCAGUAACAUAUCAGGCUACCAUGCCAUCUGGAUAUUCAGCAUGCAUGAGAAGGGACUGUGUGGGUAAACUGACAUAAAUGUGUGUAGAGAUCUUCUAUGUGAGGUGGGUGAUCCGAAUGGAACAGAGCCUUCCUUGCAUGGAGGAUCUCUUAUGUUCACAUAUAGGUUAAAGGUAAAGGGACCCCUGACCAUUAGGUCCAGUCAUGACAGACUCUGGGGUUGCGGUGCUCAUCUCGCUUUAUUGGCCGAGGGAGCCGGCGUACAGCUUCCGGGUCAUGUGGUCAGCAUGACUAAGCCGCUUCUGGCGAACUAGAGCAGCGCACGGAAACGCCGUUUACCUUCCCACCGGAAGUAUCUACUUGCACUUUGUUGUGCUUUCGAACUGCUAGGUUGGCAGGAGCAGGGACCGAGCAACGGGAGCUCACCCCGUCGCGGGGAUUCAAACUGCUGACCUUCUGAUCGGCAAGUCCUAAGCUCUGUGGUUUAACCCACAGCACCACCUGCGUCCCACCCUCACAUAUAGGUUAUAUGCAAGAUAUUCAUGGGGAAUGUGAAAUCCUUGAUCCUUGUUUUGGUGGAAUUUUUCCUGGGUUGAGCAAAAACCUGCUUGUACAAUGUUAGAUGACAUAUUUGGUUCUCUCUCCACCAAAUUAGGUAGCCAAAUGCUGAUUAAACUUCCACAUAGGAAAGAGACACUGAUCCUUUCCUGAUUUUUAGCUUGCUGGAAACCAGUAGAAUGUCUUUUUGCUCAAUGUUCAGAGUAAAACUUAACAUUAGUGUUACUUCAAAAUCUUCAGGAUAUAAAGUCUUUCUUUGUUGUUUUCCAUGUUUCCCACAGACAUUUAUAUUCACAGACUGGGAUGAUCAGGAGCUACUUCUCAGGGCAGGUAAGCUGCUUCCCAAAUUUCUGAAAGUUGUAACAGGUUUAUAUUUAUAGGUGACACAUGUUAAAUAAAUUUGCUAUCUUCCUAGGAGAGGGACAGUAGCUCAGUGAUAGAGCAUGUUUUGUGUGCAGUACACCCCAGGUUCCAUCCUUUGCAUCUCCAGUUUUAAAAAAGGGGAUAUAAAGUAGCAGGAAAUAUAAAAGACCCCUACCUGAGUAAACAGUAUUUGCUUCCGCACUGCUGCAAGGUCUGAAUUCUGCUUCACUUGUAUCAGAUGUCUAUGUAAUCCACACUGAAGAUUACCCAGAGCAUUUCUUCAUAUGCAAGCCCUACUGUAUUUGUUAUCUCUCUUACAAAUCAUGCAUCUUCCCCUGUUUUAAUCAUUUUUCUUUUAUAGGGGACCAUGUAAUCAAUACCAACUGCUCAGCUGUUCACACUCGCCAAGCUCUCUGCUGCAAGAUGUCCGUGGAAUAUGAUAAAUUCCUAGAGUCUGGGCAAAAGUAAGUGAGAGUCACUAUUUCCAUUAGUGCCUAUUUUUUAAUCCUCCUUUCUGGCAUCAGUGAGUUAGCAUGAGCUACCUCCAGCACAACUGAUGAGCAUAAAAGAAACCAAAUUUGUCUGAAAGGAUGAGUAGCAAAUCAAGAUACAGUGGUACCUCAGGUUAAGAACUUAAUUCGUUCUGGUGGUCCGUUCUUAACCUGAAACUGUUCUUAACCUGAAGCACCACUUUAGCUAAUGGGGCCUCCCAGUGCUGCCGCACCGCUGCUGCGUGAUUUCUGUUCUCAUCCUGAAGCAAAGUUCUUAACCCGAGGUACUAUUUCUGGGUUAGCGGAGUCUGUAACCUGAAGUGUCUGUAACCCGAGGUACCACUGUACUGACUUCUGAUCUAACUUUCUUCAGUUGAGAAGAGCUUCUCUACUUUUGCCUUCUCAGAUUGUGGCCUCAUUUGCCUUUUCAUGGUUGUGAUUCUGUGAGGUAGACACUUUCACCAAAGAAGCCCUGGUAGAAAGAGCCAUCUUGUAAUGCCUUGUGACCUCCUCUGUGUCUCUCCAUGUCUUGUUUUUUUCCUGCAGGUGGUUUUGUCAUGUGGAUGAUGAUAACUAUGUGAACCUGCACAAUCUCCUGCAUCUCCUGUCUGCUUUUUCACACAGCCAAGAUAUAUAUGUGGGGAGACCAAGUCUAGACCAUCCAAUUGAAGCAGCAGACCAUGUUCGGAAUGACGGAUCAGUGAGCAUGUUCUAUAAUUGAGUCUCUGUUAUCUCAAACUGAACAAAUCAGAUUCUUGCACUCGCUAUGUAUUCCUCACUUAAAUAUCCUGGAAGUCCUCCCCCUUCUUUGCUAUUUACAGCCAGGUUUCCCCAUCCCAUUGCAGAAUGCAACUUGGGAACACUUUCCCAACUCAUAUGGUGCUCAGGAGGUUUUCUGCAGCUGCUUGCACUCAGAGUUAGACCCUUUCUUAGGUCUCAUUAUCUUAUCCUAUACUAAACUGAGAUGGCAGUAGAGGGACGUGGUGUGUCAUCUGUAAUUCAGCUGAUACUCUCUCGAUUUGCUCACAUCCCCCUGUAGUCUAAAUAUGAUAUCUUUAUAAAUUACACUCCGAGGGUUGCCAGCUUCAGAUGCAAGCGACAUAAUUUCCACCCCUCUCUUCAUAUACUUCUCAGUGGUCAGCACAGCUACCUAAGGAAGUAUUUGUGAAGUAAUAAUUAUAUGGCUUCUGCUGUUUCCUAAGUCAUCGCUACUCUGGGAUGGAAAAUCAUCUUACAGAGGUGCCUUAGGAAAGUAGGCACCUUCCUCUGCUUGCAGAUGCUGUCCUUCAGAUCCAUGCUUCAUCCUUGUUGUGCUGUCGCAUUGUGCUGCUCUUCAGGAUAGCUCAGUUGGUAAAGCAAGAGACCCUUAAUCUCAGAGUCGUGGGUUCGAGCCCCACACUGGGUAAAAUAUUCCUGCAUUGCAGCUGGUUGGACUAGAUGACCCUUGUGAUCCCUUCCAGCUGUACAAUUCUACAAUCCUAUGAUCUGUUGAGAGUGUUUGGAUAUAGAGAUCAAACAAUGUAAGCGUUCCUGAUGCAUGGAUAGGAUCUGACUUACCCAGGUGACCAUAAAGCUGACAGAAAUAUUCUUUGUUUAUCUUGGUAGACCACUGCAAAGUUCUGGUUUGCCACAGGUGGUGCAGGGUUCUGCAUCAGCAGAGGUCUUGCCCUCAAGAUGAGCCCCUGGGCUAGGUAUGUGCUACUUGGACAAUUCUCUCUUUUUUUCUGCUGCCGUACUAGAAUCUAGAAGAUUUCAUUCUCUGAUUUAUUGUCUUUUGACAGCCUAGGAAGCUUCAUCAGCACUGCAGAGAGAAUUCGACUCCCCGAUGACUGCACCAUUGGUUACAUUAUUGAGGGGCUGUUGGAGGUGAAACUCUUGCGCAGCCCCUUGUUCCACUCUCAUCUGGAAAACUUGCAGCAGCUGCGUGGCGAAGCUGUGCUGAAACAGGUAUGGACAAAUCUUCCUUAAUGCAUGCAGAUAUCUCUUCCGCUUGCCUGUCCAUCAAAAUAGAUACAUGUAUGUGGAUUUGUGGCUGAAGCUAUUCUAAGAGUUUGGUGUGUGUAACAAUUUAUAAAAGUACUGUAAUACAUAUGCCUUUUCCAAAGGCUUGCCACAACCAUGGAAAAACCAAGAAGGGGGAAAUUAUGGAAAACAAAUAUAUCUCUACGCAUAUUUAAACAACAUACACUAAUAUGGCUAUUAUUAUUAUUAUUAUUAUUAUUAUUAUUAGUGAGGAAAGCCUUGAGGGCCUGAAAGUGGUGCAAUGAAUAAAAGCAGGGAGCGCCACUGAACUUCAGAGCAGGCUUCGAAGAGGCAUUUAAAAGUGGUAGCUACACCGCUGCGAACAGAAUGGAGAAAUGGAAUGAAUGAACAAGCAGGAUGGAAAGAUAUCUAGUGCCAGGAGAGGGGUUGUGAAAGUAUAAUAGAAUUAGUGGCUUGAGAAGCCCUAAAUUCAGGUCUUGGGUGGUUUGAUGGUUUUGCUACAUAAUCUUUCUGAACUGUGACAAGUCCUAGCAGGUGAAAGUAAGAAGCAGAAACACGAAUGACCUGCUUCAUCCUGGUCUUCUUCAUUCUGGGGGAAUGUCCUUUUGACACAUCUAGUCUGGGCCUAAGCUAUGUUUGCAUUAUCCUGAGUGGCAGAUAGGGAUCACUCACCAGCAACUUAUUUGUUCACCAUUUAUUUUUACAUGAUUUCUGCUAUUUGUCUUGGAAAUAUCACAAGGCUACUAUCCCUCCCUUGCCACUUCUGCAUUUGCCACCUCCUUAUUCUUGUAUUGUUUGCCAUGCUCUGGCAAGUGCUGUUUCUAAGCACGUGUUUUCCCCCCACUGUCAGGUUACCUUGAGUUAUGGUGGUCCUGAGAACAGGCGCAAUGUUGUAAGCGUGGGUGAAGUGUUCAACAUACAGCAAGAUCCAACUCGGUGCGUAUGUAACCAUUUUUCAAAUGAAAUCAAUUUGACUAACAAAUCCAAGCACAAGAAUAAGAAAUGGCAUUUCUUUGCCAGCAAAAUAUACUGACAAGUUAUGGCCAAUGUCCCUGCACUGGUGGCUUUGUAUACUUCAGGCCAGAUUGUGUUAACUCCUCUGACAGUUUCUAAUUUUCUUUCUAUUUGCAGAUUCAAAUCUGUCCACUGUCUCCUCUACCCUGACACUGGAUGGUGCCCCAGUCUAACAGUGGACUGAUAUCUGUCCUAACAUUCAGCAAGGACUUUUGCUGGUCCUUUUUUUUUAAUGUGCAGCCAAAGCUGUCUUUGGGGUGAAAACGGAAGACAAGGUCAAAGCAAGUGUCGAGAUGCCCUGACCACUAUUGUAAAUGGUCUUUGGACAUAUCUUUAGUCUUGAAGCACAUCAUAAGCUAUAUCUGCAAUGCUCUUCUCACUCCUUUUCCGAUCACAUAUAUGUCAUGUUAACCAAACCUGUUUCCUAUUGCAUUGCAUUUGUACAACCUCAGGAAUGUUACAGUCUGGCACUGUAGCAAUAUAGUUGAGGGCUAAUCUUCUUUCUACUAGAAUGCUUGGAGUAAAGCACAAAGCUUUGUUUUAAGACUUCGCAUAGGAAAACAAGAGGGUUUUUUAAAUGGAAAAAUAGUGUAAUCAAGAAGUUGUAGCCUGUUGUUUAUUCUGCCUCAGCAUCUGUAUCCUUGUGGAACCACACUAGAAAUGCUAGUGACUGCUUGCCUACUAAUGAUUAUAAAGUAGACCAGUAUUUACAGAGUGCAUAUUCUCAGAAAUACCCUGAGAGGUGAUGCAAUAGCCAUUUUCAAAUAUCUGAAGGGCUGUCACAUGGAAUAAGCUUCCCCCCCUUUUUUUUCUACUCCAGAGUGUAGUACCUGAACCAAUGGAUUCAAAUUCCAGAAAGGAGAUUCCAGUUAAACAUUGGGAAGAACUUUUCUGAUAGGGAGAACUGUUAUGACAGUGCAACAGACAACCUCAGAAAGUGGUGGACUAUCCUUAAUUGGAGGUUUUAAAGAGGUUGGGUGGCCUUUGUCAGGGAUUUUUUUAGCUGUGAUUCCUGCAUUGUAGGGGGUUGAAUUAGAUGCCCAUCGGGUCCCCUCCAACACUAUAAUUAUUUGAUUCUAUCCUGCUCCUGUGUUCCAUGCUAUAGCAGAGCCACUUGCCUUUAUGGCCAUUUGAAAGCUAUCUUAUACAUGUACUGUAUUUCACGUUUGCCUGGCUGAAAAACAUAUACAUACACAAGUCCCCCACUGUUACCUCCAAGUCCCACACCUAUUUGUCUUGAGCAUUCUGUGCCCUCACCACUAACUAAUAUAAUUGAAACCCCCAUUUAUCUUGGCUGGACCACUAUACGUUUAUUGCUUUUUGUAUUGUAGCUUGUCUCCUCUUCUUGAUGCAUUCCACAAUCAAUAUGCUGGAUAUAUGAGGAAAGAACAUUUGUUAACUCAUGAUGUAUGUGAUACUAUUUAAGGACUUUUUUGAUGAUGGACUGGAUUAGCUCUAUAAAGGACGUUUUAUAAUCCUGGAACUUUAAAUGUUUAAUAUACUCUGCAGUCUUCAGCUAGCAUAGAAUAAACUACAAACUUAUACAGCAGUACCUCAGGUUACAUACGCUUCAGGUUACAGACUCUGCUAACCCAGAAAUAAUGUUUCAGGUUAAGAACUUUGCUUCAGGAUGAGAACAGAAAUCGUGCUCCGGCGGCACAGCGACAGCCAGAGGCCCCAUUAGCUAAAGUGGUGUUUCAGGUUAAGAACAGUUUCAGGUUAAGUACGGACCUCCUGAAUGAAUUAAGUACUUAACCUGAGGUACCACUGUACCAUACUGGCAUGGUAUAACCCUGCUUGUAAAUACUGUCGCAGCAUUCACCAAAAAGUUAAAAGGGGGUUGCAUUUUGGAAAAAGGUGAAGGAACCCUGUGUGUGCAGCCCUGAGAUGAAAUAAGUAAUAACUGAAAUGUUGACAAACUAUCAGUUUAUCAGGCCUCUCAAAGAAUCUAUCCCACCUUUGCAACCAUAAGAAAAUGAAGGUACCACACAUCCAUUUAAGGAACUCAUACUACUUUAAUAGUCAUGAAGACAGUUUGUUAAGGGCCUCUUAACGACUCUCAGCAUCCUUAACAAACAACAGCAACAAUUUAUUUCUUAUACCCUGCCCAUCUGACUGGGUUGACUCUGCCAUUCUGGAAUGGGCUUAUAAUUGCCUCAGAUCUGCCUUUCCUCAUUGUUCAUACUGCUUGUAUCACAAUAGAAAUAAAUAUGCAACUCUCUCAAAAAAAUUGGCAAUGGGGCGAUACUCAACUAAAUUGUGUUUGGCAUGGACCACCCACAGUACGAUUCAUAAGACUGUGCACUGGAUUUGUCCUGAGACCUGAAUCUCUAGCGCAAACUGAACUAUUCAAAGGAAUCUUGGCCUCAUUUGAGUUCGAUUGAGACAGCCCCAGAUCUCUGUAGGUUGGAUUAAGUGGCCCAGUGUCAUCCAGGACUGUUGGGAUGGGGCAUCAGGCAGGAAGGAGAGGCAGUCUUGAGGAAGAAGGAGUAACCGCAAAAAGGAGGAACCUACUGGGUGGCUCAAUCUUCAUGGUGGAACAAGGUGCUCUCCUGCCAGGCCUUUCCUCCUUCCUGCUUCCUGAAGCAGAUCCUGUGUGGAGCUGGUCACUGCUCUUUUGCAAACAGCUUCCCUGCAAACAAGCUUCCUUUCUGUGCAGGGAAGCUGCUUAAGCAGCACCGCCAACUUCAAAGCCGCCUGCUCAGGGUUUUUUUUUAAAAAAAACCUUAAUAACCCAAUCCUACCUCCUGAAUUGCUUUGGGGGUGGAACUAGGGCAAGGUGAGUGGCCCCUGAGGUUCCACAGAGACAGUCAAUUCAAUCCAGGGGCCACAGGGUUGAUUAUUCAGAGACCUAAUUAUUAACAUUGGAUCUCACCCUAUAGAAAUAAUGCAAAUUAUUUUUAUGCACAUUUGCAUACUUAUUUCUGAAUUUGGUUUCCUUGACACCUAAUUUCCCAUUCUAGGCUAUAGAGCAGGUGUUCUGUGGUGUUCUAUGGAUGCUGGACUCCAGCUCCCAUCAUCCUCAGCUAGUAUGGCUAAUGGGCAGGGAUAGUGGAAGUUGUAGUCCAACCCCAUCUAGAGGGCACCAUGGUGGCUAUCCCUGCUAUAGAGUAUACCUGCUUAUUGUCUGUGCAGAGCACUGGCGAGAAGUGAAGUGCUUGGAGUGUUGAAUUGUUUGUGCAUGAUUAGACUGCUGCAGCCUCUGCUGCUAUUUCUGAAUGCAGGAGCAUUCCCAGUGAAAUCUCCCCCCCAACCCACCCAGAAAUAAAUAUUUUAUUGUAAACCACCCUGUGAUCCUGUAAAGAAGGGUGGUAUAGAAAUUUAAUAAAUGAUAAUGAGAAAUAGC